AUGUUCAAGGAAGCUGGCAACCCCUCUCACAAUGGCCGUGUGUGCAGCACAUGGGGUAACUUCCACUUCAAGACCUUUGACGGGGACAUCUUUUACUUCCCUGGGGUCUGCAAUUACAUCUUUGCAUCCAACUGCAAAUCUCCCUAUGAGGACUUCAACAUCCAGAUUAGGCGUACAAUGGUGGAAAAUGCUACUGUGAUCACUCAUGUCAUCAUGAAGCUGGAAGGAGCAGUGAUUGAACUGACCCGCGGCUCUGUCCUGCUUGAUGGCAAAUUGGUUCAGAUGCCCUACAGCCAUAUGGGAGUCUUGAUAGAGAGAAGUAACAGCUAUUUGAAAGUUUCUGCCAAGUUAGGACUGACUUUCCUUUGGAAUGAAGAGGAUGCCCUCCUGGUGGAACUAGAUAAGAAAUAUGCCAAUCAAACUUGCGGACUUUGUGGGGACUUCAAUGGAAUUCCAAUUAGCAAUGAAUUUAUUUCAGAGAAGACAAAACUGACUCCCAUACAGUUUGGGAAUAAGCAGAAGAUGGAUGGACCCACAGAGCAGUGUGCUGAUCCUAUUUCUCCUGCUGUUCUGGUGAACUGCUCAGCUGAAUUUGCUUCUAUCUGUGAGACGGUAUUAACCAGUAAAGCAUUUACAAGCUGUAAUACACUUGUGAAUGUUCAGGACUACAUUGAAACUUGCAUACAAGACCUAUGCCACUGUGAUAGCUCUUUGGCUGACUUCUGCAUGUGCAACACCUUUGCUGAAUACUCCCGGCAGUGCGCUCAUGCAGGUGGACAGCCUCUGAACUGGAGAACCUCUGAACUGUGUCCCAAAUUAUGUCCUUUCAACAUGCAAUACCAGGAGUGUGGCUCCCCCUGCUCUGACACAUGCAGCAACCCGGAACGAUCUGCACUUUGUGAAGAUCAUUGUACAGAUGGCUGUGUCUGUCCUCCAGGAAUGGUAUUUGAUGACAUUAACGGUGCUGGCUGCAUUCCCCGUAAAGAAUGCCACUGUACCUAUGAAGGUGAAACUUAUGCUCCUGGUGCCUCCUUCUCAUCUAAAUGCAGAUCAUGUAACUGUGCUGGAGGUGAAUGGUCUUGUAUCACCCAGUCAUGCCCCGGGACUUGCAGUAUUGCAGGAGGCUCCCAUAUUUCAACAUUUGAUGAGAAAUAUUAUUCCUUCUUCGGAGACUGUAGCUAUGUCCUAACCAAGCUCUGUGACAGCAAUGAAUUCACUGUUCUGGGAGAUAUCCACAAGUGUGGCCUGACUGACACUGAGACAUGCCUCAAGGGUAUAGCCGUCAGCCUAAGUGGAGGACAAACUAACAUUGUGAUCCAGUCUUCCGGCAGUGUAUUUGUGAAUAUGAUCUACACACAGCUGCCAUUCUCUGCGGCGAAUGUCACCAUCUUCAGACCAUCAUCUUUCUUCAUCAUUCUGCAAACAACCUUUGGCCUUCAGCUAGAGAUUCAGCUCGUGCCUCUCAUGCAACUUUUUAUAGACCUAGACCCAUCACAUAAAGGGCAGACCUGUGGUCUCUGUGGAAACUUCAAUGACAUGCAGACAGAUGAUUUCAAAACUACCAGUGGUGUAAUAGAGGGUACUUCAGCUGCCUUUGGCAACACUUGGAAAACUCGGGCUGAUUGUCCUGAUGCCAAAAAUACCUUUGAGAACCCCUGUACUGUCAGCAUACAAAAUGACCAGUAUGCUCAGCACUGGUGCGGACUGCUCUCUGAUACCAUGGGACCUUUUGCUGAAUGUCAUUCAACAGUGAAUCCAGAAGUUUACCAGAAGAACUGCAUGUUUGACACGUGUAACUGUGAGAAGAGUGAGGACUGCAUGUGUGCUGCCCUUUCCAGCUAUGUCAGGGCCUGUGCCGCUAAAGGAGUUCUCCUCACUGGAUGGAGGAACAAAGCCUGCACAAAAUACACCACCUUGUGUCCGAAAUCCUUGAAGUACACUUACAAUGUCGAUUCCUGUCAACCCACCUGCCGGUCUCAGAGUGAGCCUGAUGUCACAUGCAGCAUCAAGUUUGUCCCAGUUGAUGGCUGCACCUGCAUAAAUGGAAACUACAUGGAUGAAAGUGGCGAAUGUGUGCCUGCUUCUAGCUGUCCUUGUUACUACAAAGGAAUGCCUCUGUCUUCUGGAGAAGUUAUUCAUGAUAAUGGUGUUGUCUGCACUUGCACCUAUGGAAAGCUGAGUUGCAUUGGACAGAAACCUGAACCAGUCUGUGUACCUCCCAUGAUCUACAUUGACUGUGGCAAUGCCACUGCAGAUAUGGUAGGAGCAGGAUGCCAGAAGAGCUGUCAGACUCUAGAUAUGGAAUGUUAUAGAACCCACUGUGUCUCUGGCUGUGUAUGUCCUCCUAAUCAAGUGUUAGAUGGCAAAGGUGGCUGUACAGCUCCAGAAGACUGUCCAUGUGUUCACAAUGGGAAUUCCUACAGUCCAGGAGAAUCAAUCAGAGUUGGUUGUAACAACUGCACAUGUAGAAACAGAAAAUGGCACUGCUCCGAGGAAUCUUGCCUGGAAACCUGUUCUGUUUAUGGAGAUGGGCAUUACACCACUUUUGAUGGCAAACGUUUUGAUUUUGAAGGAGACUGUGAAUAUGUUCUGGUCCAGAACUACUGUGGUCAACAAGGUAUGAAUCAGGGAACCUUCAGAGUCAUCACUGAGAAUAUUCCAUGUGGCACUACAGGAACCACCUGCUCUAAGUCUAUUAAAGUUUUCCUGGGGAACUAUGAGCUGGUACUCAGUGAUGGACACUCUGAUGUCAUCCAGAGGACACCUGGAGGAAAAAUGCCAUUCCAAAUCCGUUCCAUGGGCAUCUACCUGGUGGUUGACACUACUGUUGGCCUGAUACUCAUGUGGGACAAGAAAACCAGUAUAUUCAUCAAACUUAGUCCCAGCUUUCAGGGACAUGUCUGCGGACUUUGCGGAAACUAUGAUGGCAAUGGAAAUAAUGACUUCACUACUCGCAGUCAGUCUGUGGUAGGAAAUGUGCUGGAGUUUGCCAAUAGCUGGAAAGUGUCUUCUAGUUGCCCAAAUGCCAAUCGCACCAAGGAUCCAUGCACUGCGAACCCAUACAGGAAAGCCUGGGCACAGAAGCAAUGCAGCAUCAUUACCAGUGAAGUGUUUGCGAAGUGUCACACCCAGAUUGAACCAAAUGAAUAUUAUCAAGCAUGCGUGGAUGAUGCUUGUGCCUGUGACACUGGAGGAGACUGUGAAUGUUUCUGUACAGCAGUAGCCGCCUAUGCUGAAGCAUGCAAUGAACUGGACAUCUGCAUUUCAUGGAGAACCCCAUCCAUUUGUCCUCUGUUCUGUGAUUACUACAAUCCACAAGGGGAAUGUGAGUGGCACUACAAGCCAUGCGGAGCCCCUUGUAUGAAGACCUGCAAUAAUCCAAGCGGGAACUGCCUUCAUGAGUUGAGAGGUUUGGAAGGCUGCUAUCCACACUGUCCAAAGAAUAAGCCCUAUUUUGAUGAAGAAACCAUGACUUGUGUUUCUAAUUGUGGUUGUUAUGAAAAUGGGAAAAAUUACAAACCAGGACUGCAGAUGCCUUCAAAGCAGAAUUGUCAAUCAUGUGAAUGCACAAAUCAUGGCAAAAAAUGCAAAUAUGAUGAAUAUGAAUGUGUCUGCAUUUAUGAGGGACAGAAAUACAACUAUAAAGACGUGAUCUACAAUACUACAGAUGGCACAGGAGGGUGUAUGGUCGCAAUCUGUGGUCCCAAUGGAACGCUUCAAAGGGUUGUGUAUGACUGUCCAACCUCAUCAUCACCCACAACAGGAACAACGUUUCACUUCAGCACUACGCCACCUGCCACUACUUCCACAGUGUCAUCAACUACAUCAGUAUGUGUUCAUGAAGUCUGUGAGUGGUCAGAAUGGUAUGAUGGGAGUCUGCAAACUCCUGGCUACGAUGGUGGAGAUUUUGAAACCUUUGAUAAUUUGAGAGCUAAAGGUUAUGAAGUCUGUAAAUCUCCACGGGCUAUUCAAUGCAGAGCAGAGAAAUUCCCUAAUAUACCACUGAAAGACCUUGGUGAAAAAGUAGAAUGCAGUACAGAAGCUGGGCUUAUAUGUUACAACAAAGAUCAAAUUUCAACAAUGUGCAGCAAUUAUGAAAUCAGAAUCUUAUGUUGUGUUUUUGUACCAUGCUCUUCCACAACAUAUUUCAGCACAUCAACACCGAUCACAACUACAGCUAAGAGCACAGAAGCAUCAAGUCCAACUGAAGAAACAUCAUUUUCAACCACUACAACAUCACCAGUUACUACAACUUCUGAAAGUGUACCAUUCACACCUUCAGCAACUAAAGAAACAAUCACAAGCACAACCGAAAUGACAACACCUGUCACCACUCCUCCUUCAACAACUCAUCCUUGCAUUAAAGAAGAAUGUUACUGGUCAAUGUGGUAUGAUGUCAGUUAUCCAGGUUCUGGAUACGAUGAUGGAGAUUUUGAUACAAUUCAGAACAUUAAAAAUAAGGGAUACAAAGUCUGUGAUAACAGAAAGGCUGUUGAAUGCAGAGCAGUAAGGUUCCCUAAUACACCAUAUCGCCUCCUGGAGCAACACAUAACAUGUAACACAGAAGAAGGGUUGAAAUGCUACAAUAAAGACCAACUACCGCCCAUCUGCUACAACUAUGAACUAAGAUUUAAAUGCUGUACAAAUAUAAUAGUACCGUGUCACCCAACAACAGCGCCGUAUACAAAUACACAAACAUCAAAACCAACCCCAAUUUUUUCAACAACGCUAAGGACAUCAUCCACAAAAGUAUUCACAACACCACACUUAGAAACCAAAUAUAAGACAACUACAAUAUCAACGGCCACAGCAGAAACAGAACCUAUUCAUACCAGAAUUACAUCACAACCAAUGACAACAACCAGAAAUGAAACAAAGACCACAACAGCAUCAAGUCCCACCACGCCAACACCUACCCCAUCCUCCACCAGCCUGACCUCCACCACCACCACCCACUCCACUACCGCCUGCGAACCCGAACUGUGCUCCUGGAGCGAAUGGUUCGACGUCGACUUCCCCUCCUCGGGGCCCAGCCAGGGAGACUUCGAAACCUACCAGCACAUCCGCGCCGCCGGGAAGGAAGUCUGUCAACAUCCAAAGGAAAUCGACUGCCGGGCGGAGGACUACCCCGAGGUUUCCAUCCAAUACGUCAGACAGGUCGUGCAGUGCGACGUCCACUUUGGACUGGUGUGCAAGAACGAAGACCAGACUGGCAAAUUUAAGAUGUGCCUCAACUACAAGAUCCGCGUCCUCUGCUGCAGCCCUAACUACAACUGCCCAACCACCAGCCCCUUGCCCACCACCAGCCCCACCACCAGCACCACCCACAGAUCAGCCAGCACCGCCCCACCCUCCACCACAGUCACGACCUCCACCUCCACAACCUACUCCCCCACCACGCGGCCCACCUCCUCACAAACCACGCCGCAAACCUCCACCAGCACCACCAGCCCCACCGAAUGGUUCGACGUCGACUUCCCCUCCUCGGGGCCCAGCCAGGGAGACUUCGAAACCUACCAGCACAUCCGCGCCGCCGGGAAGGAAGUCUGUCAACAUCCAAAGGAAAUCGACUGCCGGGCGGAGGACUACCCCGAGGUUUCCAUCCAAUACGUCGGACAGGUCGUGCAGUGCGACGUCCACUUUGGACUGGUGUGCAAGAACGAAGACCAGACUGGCAAAUUUAAGAUGUGCCUCAACUACAAGAUCCGCGUCCUCUGCUGCAGCCCUAACUACAACUGCCCAACCACCAGCCCCUUGCCCACCACCAGCCCCACCACCAGCACCACCCACAGAUCAGCCAGCACCGCCCCACCCUCCACCACAGUCACGACCUCCACCUCCACAACCUACCCCACCACGCGGCCCACCUCCUCACAAACCACGCCGCAAACCUCCACCAGCACCACCAGCCCCACGCCGACACCUACCCCAUCCUCCACCAGCCUGACCUCCACCACCACCACCCACUCCACUACCGCCUGCGAACCCGAACUGUGCUCCUGGAGCGAAUGGUUCGACGUCGACUUCCCCUUCGGGCCCAGCCAGGGAGACUUCGAAACCUACCAGCACAUCCGCGCCGCCGGGAAGGAAGUCUGUCAACAUCCAAAGGAAAUCGACUGCCGGGCGGAGGACUACCCCGAGGUUUCCAUCCAAUACGUCGGACAGGUCGUGCAGUGCGACGUCCACUUUGGACUGGUGUGCAAGAACGAAGACCAGACUGGCAAAUUUAAGAUGUGCCUCAACUACAAGAUCCGCGUCCUCUGCUGCAGCCCUAACUACAACUGCCCAACCACCAGCCCCUUGCCCACCACCAGCCCCACCACCAGCACCACCCACAGAUCAGCCAGCACCGCCCCACCCUCCACCACAGUCACGACCUCCACCUCCACAACCUACUCCCCCACCACGCGGCCCACCUCCUCACAAACCACGCCGCAAACCUCCACCAGCACCACCAGCCCCACGCCGACACCUACCCCAUCCUCCACCAGCCUGACCUCCACCACCACCACCACCCACUCCACUACCGCCUGCGAACCCGAACUGUGCUCCUGGAGCGAAUGGUUCGACGUCGACUUCCCCUCCUCGGGGCCCAGCCAGGGAGACUUCGAAACCUACCAGCACAUCCGCGCCGCCGGGAAGGAAGUCUGUCAACAUCCAAAGGAAAUCGACUGCCGGGCGGAGGACUACCCCGAGGUUUCCAUCCAAUACGUCGGACAGGUCGUGCAGUGCGACGUCCACUUUGGACUGGUGUGCAAGAACGAAGACCAGACUGGCAAAUUUAAGAUGUGCCUCAACUACAAGAUCCGCGUCCUCUGCUGCAGCCCUAACUACAACUGCCCAACCACCAGCCCCUUGCCCACCACCAGCCCCACCACCAGCACCACCCACAGAUCAGCCAGCACCGCCCCACCCUCCACCACAGUCACGACCUCCACCUCCACAACCUACUCCCCCACCACGCGGCCCACCUCCUCACAAACCACGCCGCAAACCUCCACCAGCACCACCAGCCCCACGCCGACACCUACCCCAUCCUCCACCAGCCUGACCUCCACCACCACCACCCACUCCACUACCGCCUGCGAACCCGAACUGUGCUCCUGGAGCGAAUGGUUCGACGUCGACUUCCCCUCCUCGGGGCCCAGCCAGGGAGACUUCGAAACCUACCAGCACAUCCGCGCCGCCGGGAAGGAAGUCUGUCAACAUCCAAAGGAAAUCGACUGCCGGGCGGAGGACUACCCCGAGGUUUCCAUCCAAUACGUCGGACAGGUCGUGCAGUGCGACGUCCACUUUGGACUGGUGUGCAAGAACGAAGACCAGACUGGCAAAUUUAAGAUGUGCCUCAACUACAAGAUCCGCGUCCUCUGCUGCAGCCCUAACUACAACUGCCCAACCACCAGCCCCUUGCCCACCACCAGCCCCACCACCAGCACCACCCACAGAUCAGCCAGCACCGCCCCACCCUCCACCACAGUCACGACCUCCACCUCCACAACCUACUCCCCCACCACGCGGCCCACCUCCUCACAAACCACGCCGCAAACCUCCACCAGCACCACCAGCCCCACGCCGACACCUACCCCAUCCUCCACCAGCCUGACCUCCACCACCACCACCACCCACUCCACUACCGCCUGCGAACCCGAACUGUGCUCCUGGAGCGAAUGGUUCGACGUCGACUUCCCCUCCUCGGGGCCCAGCCAGGGAGACUUCGAAACCUACCAGCACAUCCGCGCCGCCGGGAAGGAAGUCUGUCAACAUCCAAAGGAAAUCGACUGCCGGGCGGAGGACUACCCCGAGGUUUCCAUCCAAUACGUCGGACAGGUCGUGCAGUGCGACGUCCACUUUGGACUGGUGUGCAAGAACGAAGACCAGACUGGCAAAUUUAAGAUGUGCCUCAACUACAAGAUCCGCGUCCUCUGCUGCAGCCCUAACUACAACUGCCCAACCACCAGCCCCUUGCCCACCACCAGCCCCACCACCAGCACCACCCACAGAUCAGCCAGCACCGCCCCACCCUCCACCACAGUCACGACCUCCACCUCCACAACCUACUCCCCCACCACCACCACCAGCCCCACGCCGACACCUACCCCAUCCUCCACCAGCCUGACCUCCACCACCACCACCCACUCCACUACCGCCUGCGAACCCGAACUGUGCUCCUGGAGCGAAUGGUUCGACGUCGACUUCCCCUCCUCGGGGCCCAGCCAGGGAGACUUCGAAACCUACCAGCACAUCCGCGCCGCCGGGAAGGAAGUCUGUCAACAUCCAAAGGAAAUCGACUGCCGGGCGGAGGACUACCCCGAGGUUUCCAUCCAAUACGUCGGACAGGUCGUGCAGUGCGACGUCCACUUUGGACUGGUGUGCAAGAACGAAGACCAGACUGGCAAAUUUAAGAUGUGCCUCAACUACAAGAUCCGCGUCCUCUGCUGCAGCCCUAACUACAACUGCCCAACCACCAGCCCCUUGCCCACCACCAGCCCCACCACCAGCACCACCCACAGAUCAGCCAGCACCGCCCCACCCUCCACCACAGUCACGACCUCCACCUCCACAACCUACUCCCCCACCACGCGGCCCACCUCCUCACAAACCACGCCGCAAACCUCCACCAGCACCACCAGCCCCACGCCGACACCUACCCCAUCCUCCACCAGCCUGACCUCCACCACCACCACCACCCACUCCACUACCGCCUGCGAACCCGAACUGUGCUCCUGGAGCGAAUGGUUCGACGUCGACUUCCCCUCCUCGGGGCCCAGCCAGGGAGACUUCGAAACCUACCAGCACAUCCGCGCCGCCGGGAAGGAAGUCUGUCAACAUCCAAAGGAAAUCGACUGCCGGGCGGAGGACUACCCCGAGGUUUCCAUCCAAUACGUCGGACAGGUCGUGCAGUGCGACGUCCACUUUGGACUGGUGUGCAAGAACGAAGACCAGACUGGCAAAUUUAAGAUGUGCCUCAACUACAAGAUCCGCGUCCUCUGCUGCAGCCCUAACUACAACUGCCCAACCACCAGCCCCUUGCCCACCACCAGCCCCACCACCAGCACCACCCACAGAUCAGCCAGCACCGCCCCACCCUCCACCACAGUCACGACCUCCACCUCCACAACCUACUCCCCCACCACGCGGCCCACCUCCUCACAAACCACGCCGCAAACCUCCACCAGCACCACCAGCCCCACGCCGACACCUACCCCAUCCUCCACCAGCCUGACCUCCACCACCACCACCACCCACUCCACUACCGCCUGCGAACCCGAACUGUGCUCCUGGAGCGAAUGGUUCGACGUCGACUUCCCCUCCUCGGGGCCCAGCCAGGGAGACUUCGAAACCUACCAGCACAUCCGCGCCGCCGGGAAGGAAGUCUGUCAACAUCCAAAGGAAAUCGACUGCCGGGCGGAGGACUACCCCGAGGUUUCCAUCCAAUACGUCGGACAGGUCGUGCAGUGCGACGUCCACUUUGGACUGGUGUGCAAGAACGAAGACCAGACUGGCAAAUUUAAGAUGUGCCUCAACUACAAGAUCCGCGUCCUCUGCUGCAGCCCUAACUACAACUGCCCAACCACCAGCCCCUUGCCCACCACCAGCCCCACCACCAGCACCACCCACAGAUCAGCCAGCACCGCCCCACCCUCCACCACAGUCACGACCUCCACCUCCACAACCUACUCCCCCACCACGCGGCCCACCUCCUCACAAACCACGCCGCAAACCUCCACCAGCACCACCAGCCCCACGCCGACACCUACCCCAUCCUCCACCAGCCUGACCUCCACCACCACCACCCACUCCACUACCGCCUGCGAACCCGAACUGUGCUCCUGGAGCGAAUGGUUCGACGUCGACUUCCCCUCCUCGGGGCCCAGCCAGGGAGACUUCGAAACCUACCAGCACAUCCGCGCCGCCGGGAAGGAAGUCUGUCAACAUCCAAAGGAAAUCGACUGCCGGGCGGAGGACUACCCCGAGGUUUCCAUCCAAUACGUCGGACAGGUCGUGCAGUGCGACGUCCACUUUGGACUGGUGUGCAAGAACGAAGACCAGACUGGCAAAUUUAAGAUGUGCCUCAACUACAAGAUCCGCGUCCUCUGCUGCAGCCCUAACUACAACUGCCCAACCACCAGCCCCUUGCCCACCACCAGCCCCACCACCAGCACCACCCACAGAUCAGCCAGCACCGCCCCACCCUCCACCACAGUCACGACCUCCACCUCCACAACCUACCCCACCACGCGGCCCACCUCCUCACAAACCACGCAGCAAACCUCCACCAGCACCACCAGCCCCACGCCGACACCUACCCCAUCCUCCACCAGCCUGACCUCCACCACCACCACCCACUCCACUACCGCCUGCGAACCCGAACUGUGCUCCUGGAGCGAAUGGUUCGACGUCGACUUCCCCUCCUCGGGGCCCAGCCAGGGAGACUUCGAAACCUACCAGCACAUCCGCGCCGCCGGGAAGGAAGUCUGUCAACAUCCAAAGGAAAUCGACUGCCGGGCGGAGGACUACCCCGAGGUUUCCAUCCAAUACGUCGGACAGGUCGUGCAGUGCGACGUCCACUUUGGACUGGUGUGCAAGAACGAAGACCAGACUGGCAAAUUUAAGAUGUGCCUCAACUACAAGAUCCGCGUCCUCUGCUGCAGCCCUAACUACAACUGCCCAACCACCAGCCCCUUGCCCACCACCAGCCCCACCACCAGCACCACCCACAGAUCAGCCAGCACCGCCCCACCCUCCACCACAGUCACGACCUCCACCUCCACAACCUACUCCCCCACCACGCGGCCCACCUCCUCACAAACCACGCCGCAAACCUCCACCAGCACCACCAGCCCCACGCCGACACCUACCCCAUCCUCCACCAGCCUGACCUCCACCACCACCACCCACUCCACUACCGCCUGCGAACCCGAACUGUGCUCCUGGAGCGAAUGGUUCGACGUCGACUUCCCCUCCUCGGGGCCCAGCCAGGGAGACUUCGAAACCUACCAGCACAUCCGCGCCGCCGGGAAGGAAGUCUGUCAACAUCCAAAGGAAAUCGACUGCCGGGCGGAGGUACCCGAGGUUUCCAUCCAAUACGUCGGACAGGUCGUGCAGUGCGACGUCCACUUUGGACUGGUGUGCAAGAACGAAGACCAGACUGGCAAAUUUAAGAUGUGCCUCAACUACAAGAUCCGCGUCCUCUGCUGCAGCCCUAACUACAACCCCACCACCAGCACCACCCACAGAUCAGCCAGCACCGCCCCACCCUCCACCACAGUCACGACCUCCACCUCCACAACCUACUCCCCCACCACGCGGCCCACCUCCUCACAAACCACGCCGCAAACCUCCACCAGCACCACCAGCCCCACGCCGACACCUACCCCAUCCUCCACCAGCCUGACCUCCACCACCACCACCCACUCCACUACCGCCUGCGAACCCGAACUGUGCUCCUGGAGCGAAUGGUUCGACGUCGACUUCCCCUCCUCGGGGCCCAGCCAGGGAGACUUCGAAACCUACCAGCACAUCCGCGCCGCCGGGAAGGAAGUCUGUCAACAUCCAAAGGAAAUCGACUGCCGGGCGGAGGACUACCCCGAGGUUUCCAUCCAAUACGUCGGACAGGUCGUGCAGUGCGACGUCCACUUUGGACUGGUGUGCAAGAACGAAGACCAGACUGGCAAAUUUAAGAUGUGCCUCAACUACAAGAUCCGCGUCCUCUGCUGCAGCCCUAACUACAACUGCCCAACCACCAGCCCCUUGACCACCAGCCCCACCACCAGCACCACCCACAGAUCAGCCAGCACCGCCCCACCCUCCACCACAGUCACGACCUCCACCUCCACAACCUACUCCCCCACCACGCGGCCCACCUCCUCACAAACCACGCCGCAAACCUCCACCAGCACCAAGCCCACGCCGACACCUACCCCAUCCUCCACCAGCCUGACCUCCACCACCACCACCCACUCCACUACCGCCUGCGAACCCGAACUGUGCUCCUGGAGCGAAUGGUUCGACGUCGACUUCCCCUCCUCGGGGCCCAGCCAGGGAGACUUCGAAACCUACCAGCACAUCCGCGCCGCCGGGAAGGAAGUCUGUCAACAUCCAAAGGAAAUCGACUGCCGGGCGGAGGACUACCCCGAGGUUUCCAUCCAAUACGUCGGACAGGUCGUGCAGUGCGACGUCCACUUUGGACUGGUGUGCAAGAACGAAGACCAGACUGGCAAAUUUAAGAUGUGCCUCAACUACAAGAUCCGCGUCCUCUGCUGCAGCCCUAACUACAACUGCCCAACCACCAGCCCUUGCCCACCACCAGCCCCACCACCAGCACCACCCACAGAUCAGCCAGCACCGCCCCACCCUCCACCACAGUCACGACCUCCACCUCCACAACCUACUCCCCCACCACGCGGCCCACCUCCUCACAAACCACGCCGCAAACCUCCACCACCUGACCUCCACCACCACCACCACCCACUCCACUACCGCCUGCGAACCCGAACUGUGCUCCUGGAGCGAAUGGUUCGACGUCGACUUCCCCUCCUCGGGGCCCAGCCAGGGAGACUUCGAAACCUACCAGCACAUCCGCGCCGCCGGGAAGGAAGUCUGUCAACAUCCAAAGGAAAUCGACUGCCGGGCGGAGGACUACCCGAGGUUUCCAUCCAAUACGUCGGACAGGUCGUGCAGUGCGACGUCCACUUUGGACUGGUGUGCAAGAACGAAGACCAGACUGGCAAAUUUAAGAUGUGCCUCAACUACAAGAUCCGCGUCCUCUGCUGCAGCCCUAACUACAACUGCCCAACCACCAGCCCCUUGCCCACCACCAGCCCCACCACCAGCACCACCCACAGAUCAGCCAGCACCGCCCCACCCUCCACCACAGUCACGACCUCCACCUCCACAACCUACUCCCCCACCACGCGGCCCACCUCCUCACAAACCACGCCGCAAACCUCCACCAGCACCACCAGCCCCACGCCGACACCUACCCCAUCCUCCACCAGCCUGACCUCCACCACCACCACCACCCACUCCACUACCGCCUGCGAACCCGAACUGUGCUCCUGGAGCGAAUGGUUCGACGUCGACUUCCCCUCCUCGGGGCCCAGCCAGGGAGACUUCGAAACCUACCAGCACAUCCGCGCCGCCGGGAAGGAAGUCUGUCAACAUCCAAAGGAAAUCGACUGCCGGGCGGAGGACUACCCCGAGGUUUCCAUCCAAUACGUCGGACAGGUCGUGCAGUGCGACGUCCACUUUGGACUGGUGUGCAAGAACGAAGACCAGACUGGCAAAUUUAAGAUGUGCCUCAACUACAAGAUCCGCGUCCUCUGCUGCAGCCCUAACUACAACUGCCCAACCACCAGCCCCUUGCCCACCACCAGCCCCACCACCAGCACCACCCACAGAUCAGCCAGCACCGCCCCACCCUCCACCACAGUCACGACCUCCACCUCCACAACCUACUCCCCCACCACGCGGCCCACCUCCUCACAAACCACGCCGCAAACCUCCACCAGCACCACCAGCCCCACGCCGACACCUACCCCAUCCUCCACCAGCCUGACCUCCACCACCACCACCACCCACUCCACUACCGCCUGCGAACCCGAACUGUGCUCCUGGAGCGAAUGGUUCGACGUCGACUUCCCCUCCUCGGGGCCCAGCCAGGGAGACUUCGAAACCUACCAGCACAUCCGCGCCGCCGGGAAGGAAGUCUGUCAACAUCCAAAGGAAAUCGACUGCCGGGCGGAGGACUACCCCGAGGUUUCCAUCCAAUACGUCGGACAGGUCGUGCAGUGCGACGUCCACUUUGGACUGGUGUGCAAGAACGAAGACCAGACUGGCAAAUUUAAGAUGUGCCUCAACUACAAGAUCCGCGUCCUCUGCUGCAGCCCUAACUACAACUGCCCAACCACCAGCCCCUUGCCCACCACCAGCCCCACCACCAGCACCACCCACAGAUCAGCCAGCACCGCCCCACCCUCCACCACAGUCACGACCUCCACCUCCACAACCUACUCCCCCACCACGCGGCCCACCUCCUCACAAACCACGCCGCAAACCUCCACCAGCACCACCAGCCCCACGCCGACACCUACCCCAUCCUCCACCAGCCUGACCUCCACCACCACCACCCACUCCACUACCGCCUGCGAACCCGAACUGUGCUCCUGGAGCGAAUGGUUCGACGUCGACUUCCCCUCCUCGGGGCCCAGCCAGGGAGACUUCGAAACCUACCAGCACAUCCGCGCCGCCGGGAAGGAAGUCUGUCAACAUCCAAAGGAAAUCGACUGCCGGGCGGAGGACUACCCCGAGGUUUCCAUCCAAUACGUCGGACAGGUCGUGCAGUGCGACGUCCACUUUGGACUGGUGUGCAAGAACGAAGACCAGACUGGCAAAUUUAAGAUGUGCCUCAACUACAAGAUCCGCGUCCUCUGCUGCAGCCCUAACUACAACUGCCAACCACCAGCCCCUUGCCCACCACCAGCCCACACCAGCACCACCCACAGAUCAGCCAGCACCGCCCCACCCUCCACCACACCUCCACCACCCACCACCCACUCCACUACCGCCUGCGAACCCGAACUGUGCUCCUGGAGCGAAUGGUUCGACGUCGACUUCCCCUCCUCGGGGCCCAGCCAGGGAGACUUCGAAACCUACCAGCACAUCCGCGCCGCCGGGAAGGAAGUCUGUCAACAUCCAAAGGAAAUCGACUGCCGGGCGGAGGACUACCCCGAGGUUUCCAUCCAAUACGUCGGACAGGUCGUGCAGUGCGACGUCCACUUUGGACUGGUGUGCAAGAACGAAGACCAGACUGGCAAAUUUAAGAUGUGCCUCAACUACAAGAUCCGCGUCCUCUGCUGCAGCCCUAACUACAACUGCCCAACCACCAGCCCCUUGCCCACCACCAGCCGUACCACUAUUACUACCAUACCUGAACCAUGCUGCAUCUCCACUUCUUCUACGCCUGUAUCAACACCAUGUUUUUGUAAAAUUGGCGAUGCUAUUUUUUCACCCGGUGAUUUGAUUUACAACAGAACGGAUAAUGAUGGAUGUAGAUUUUACGCCAUCUGUAGUCCAACAUGUACAGUUGAACGACACACUGUACCUUGUAAUGUUACUACUCCUCUAACCACUACUUCCCCUGAAUGGUCUACCGUAACAACAUCAGUUCCUCUGCCUAGCACUCAUUUUCCCGGCUGUGUUUCUGCUACUUACCCUCCUCUACUCCCUGGACAAAGAUACAAAUUAUCCAACUGUACAGAAGUCCUCUGUAAGGGAGACCACAAAGUAGAAGUAAUUCCAACGCACUGCCCGCCUGUAAAGGAAAUCACCUGUGCGAACAAAUAUCCGGCAAUGCUGGUACCUGAUGAAAAUGGCUGCUGUUACCAAUAUGAGUGUCAAUGUGUGUGCAGUGGAUGGGGUGAUCCUCAUUAUAUUACUUUUGAUGGAACCUACUAUACUUUCCUUGAAAACUGCACUUACGUCCUGGUGAAACAGAUUGUACCUAAAUAUGACAACUUCCGUGUUUACGUUGACAAUUAUUACUGCAAUGCAGAAGAUGGACUUUCCUGCCCUAAAUCCAUUAUUAUUUUCUACAAAUCUGCAGAAGUGGUGCUGACCCGUAAACUCAUGAAUGGUGUGAUGACCAAUGUGAUGUACUUCAACCAAAAGAUUGUCAAACCAGGCUUCAAAAAAGAUGGCAUUUCUUUCUCCACACUUGGCAUCAACAUGAUUGUUGAAAUACCAGAGAUUGGUGCAACUAUCACCUUUAGUGGGCUGAUUUUCUCCGUGAAACUCCCAUACAGCAAAUUUGGCAACAACACCGAAGGACAAUGUGGAACAUGUACAAAUAAUAAAUUAGAUGAAUGCCGCUUACCAAGUGGUAAGAUCAUUUCUUCCUGUCCUCAAAUGGCUCAUCACUGGAUCGUUGAUAACAACAAGUCAUGCCAUGGAGUACCAAUACCACCAAUUGUAACCACACCUUCACCAAAGCCUCAGUGUGAAACGCCUCAUCUCUGCAAGCUUAUCUUGAGCAAGAUUUUUGCAGAAUGCCAUGCCGUGAUACCACCAAAACCAUUUUUCCAAGGCUGUGUUUUCGAUGGAUGUCGCAUAGCUGAUGAAUCCAUGCAGUGUUCCAGUUUGGAGAUGUAUGCUACAGAGUGUGCUGCUAGAGGUGUCUGCAUUGACUGGAGAGGAAGGACCAACAAUACAUGCCCAUACAACUGUCCAGCAAGCAUGGUAUACAAGCCAUGUGGGCCCAUUAAUCCUGCUACCUGUGACCCAAGCCUGGAGCUGUCAUUCCAUCAGGCCCCUGUGAAGAAUGCACCUGCUCUGAAUCUUCUCACUCAAGCCCUCACCACGCUACUGUCAAGUGCAAGCCUGUUAUCUGUGACACAUACUGCCCAGCGGUGA